AUCCAGUAGCUACCAGUACGUUACAGUCACAUUACACUAUACGUUUUGCUCACGUAACUAGCUAGGACGUGCGAUAUUAGCCUAAAUUAUAUUUACAUACACUAAAUUUUUAUUGUGUAAGUUAUUUUUAAACAUAAAGUUAAGAUGGUGAUAAUUUUUGUUGUUAUUUCGUUGGUUUUGGUUAAACAAACUUCGGGUGUUAUUUAUCAUGUCAAUGAAAGCGAGUACCACAAGAUGCCGCCACUGUACGCAUUGGACGACUACUCGGAGUGCCUGCUGCAGCCUCAGGGCUUGUACUGCGUGGCGGACUACCAUCUCUUCUCCAAUGCACACUCGGACCUCAUGCACUUUAUACAAGAAUACUCAGCAUUCAAAAUGAAGCAUUUUAAUUAUACAUUAAUACACAGAGGUACCUGCGUCUCGAUUUCCUGUAAGGAUUACAUUCAUAGAAUAAAUGAAACAGGGAACCUAGAGAUGAUCCUUGGAGAAUGCCUCAACGAAUCCCUAUGGAGAAGCCACAAGCUAGAAGCAAGUUUGGCUGAACUAAAAUAUUGCAAGAGUGCCGAAGAUAAAACGAUUCUCGAUUUAAGUGACUUCCUUGUAGCUGCUGUUUAUGUUAUUUUAAUUACGCUGAACAUUAUCGGAAGCUUUUACGACGUCAUGUUGUGCGAAAAAGAUAGUAAAACAGGAAACCCGUACUUGCUAUCGUUUUCAAUGAGGCGCAACUGGUCAAAGCUCAUCGCGCCAGGUGGAAGCGGACCUGACCCUAGGAUGGAAAGACUGAAAUUAUUCAAUGGAUUAAGAACAAUGACAUUAGCCUGUGUGAUAUUCUCUCACUCUGCACUUAUUGCGUCCAUUACAUACAUCGCGAACCCGCGUUAUAUUGAACAGAUAUAUGACGAUCUGUCAAAACAAAUGCUGCUCAACGGCAACUUAGUGACUCACACGUUUUUCGUAAUGUCCAGUUUUCUGUUAGCGUACAACUUACAGAUACAGUCCGAAAAAACUGAAAUCACUUGGAAACACAUACCAAAGGGCAUUCUGUUAAGGUGGAUCAGAUUAACUCCAUCAUACGCUCUGGUGAUAGCUACAAUCAGUACAUGGAUGCGUUACAUAGGCAGUGGCCCAAUGUGGGACCUGAUCGUGGUCAGUGAGGCCAACUACUGCCGCCACUAUUGGUGGGCCAACAUAUUCUACUUCAACAACUACAUCUAUAAAUAUGACAUCUGUUUCCCGCAGGGAUGGUAUCUAGCAGCAGAUACUCAGAUGUUCUGCCUCGGCCUGAUCCUGCUGGUGCUGGUGCAGAAGCCCCAGCACCGGAAGGUGGCACUGGUUCUCCUCUUCCUCUUGUCACUGCUCAUCAGCGCCGCAAACACUUACUUCCAGGACCUAACUGCUGUCAUUUCACAGUCUCCUGAAUCUGCCCGUACUCUUUACGUGGAUGAAGACACGUUUACUUUAUCGUACAUCCGAGGGCACACCAACCUCUCGACCUACACUCUGGGCCUCGCGGGAGGGAUACUCACUUACUACUGGCAGACCAAUGGAAAAGACUUCACUAAAUACAAGAAGUACCGCUGGCUGGUGUGGCUCAUGUUCCCGCUAGGCGUGGGCAUUAUCCUGUCGGGAGGCAUGUUCUUCACUGACCACGCAGCGCCGAGCACGCUACUGCGGGUCGGGUACGCCGCGCUGAGCAAGCCGACGUUCCAGCUACUCAUACUUGUAUUAAUCAUCAGCACCAUCUUCAAAAUUGAGACGGUAUACCGUGGUAUAAUAGAGUGGCGCGGCUUUGCCUGGGCGGGGCGCGUGUCGUACAGCGCUUUCUUGCUGCACACCCUCUUCCAGAGAGGCGUGGUGGGAUAUCAGACUACACCCCUAUAUUUGACUGACUAUUUUAUAUUUAUAGUGUUAUGUGCGUCCAUCUUCUUGUCCUUUUCACUGGGAACAGUCCUGUGGCUGACGGUCGAGGCGCCGAUCGGAGGACUGACGCGCGCGCUGCUCGCUCCACGAAACAAAAAUAAACCUUAGCACAGAUCAAAGUAGUUCAAUUCUAGCAAAUAUGUAGAAAUUUCUGUAAUUGUUAAUGUUAUGUAAUAAAAACAAGGAUGUUGUCCGUCUUUCUGUUGAGCAUCACGCCUAAAAUGAAACUUGCCAAUAUUUCACCCCCUAUUACAUCAUAGGGGGUAAAAUAGGGGUUCAAGGUUUGUAAGGAAAGUCCUUAAUUUUUGAGGUUACAUUUAUAAAAAUUGGUUUGUGUAGUAUCCGAAAAAUAUUAAUA